AUGGUGAAGAAAGAGCUAUCCACCGAGCAACAAAAUCAAAUUGUGCAAUUCAUUCUUCACGGGUCCAUCAACGGCAAACCAUCUCGAGGCAAGCUCUUGGAGGCGCAAUUGAAGUGGUCCGUCUCGCGUUGGACCAUUUAUCGGCUAUGGGGGGCUGCAAAAAAACAACAAGAGAAAGGAAAAGUCAUUCAUCUUGUAAGCGGUAAGAAAACCAAGAUAGUGAAGAAAAAAUUACACUUAGACACCACACUACUCUCUAGCCUAGCAUACUCAAAAAGAGGCACAAUUAGGAGACUCGCUGUUGGCUUAGGUAAUAGCAAGAGCACAGUUGGGAGAUGGGUGAGUGCAGGGCUGAUCAGGGCUCAUACUUCAGCCAUUAAACCAAAUUUGACAGCCGCAAACAAGCUGUUAAGGAUGAGAUUUUCACUAGAGGCCUUAGAGGUGGAUAGGGUUUUAAACAAGAUAAAGUUUAAGACCAUGCACAACACUGUGCAUAUAGAUGAAAAGUGGUUUUAUAUAACCAAGGGUUUACACAGAUUCUAUUUAGCCCCAGAGGAAGUGGAGCCACAUAGGACAUGUCAAAGUAAGAAAUUUAUAGGGAAAAUCAUGUUCAUAUGCGCUGUGAGCAGACCAAUAUUUGGAGAUAAUGGUGAAGUCUUAUUCGAUGGCAAGAUUGGGAUAUUUCACUUUACAAAGCAAGUACCAGCCAAGAGGAGCAGCAAAAACAGAGUUGCAGGCACAUUAGAGACCAAACCUAUAGACUCUAUCACAAAGGAGGUGUAUAAGGAGUGUGUAAUAAAUAAGAUGAUUCCUGCAAUUAUAUCUAAAUGGCCAGCAAAUGCAAGCAAGAACAUUUUCAUUCAACAAGACAACGCAAGGCCACACAUCAAAGACAGUGAUCCUGAAUUUAGGGCUGCUGCAACCCAAGAUGGUUUCAAUAUCGUCUUGGUGCAACAGCCUCCAAAUUCACCGGAUUGCAACGUUAACGAUUUAGGAUGGUUUAGAGCCAUCCAGUCUCUACAAGAAGAGACAGCAUGCAACUCAAUUGAUGAACUACUAAAAACAGUAGAGGAUUCAUUUGAAAAACUUUCUCCCAUAACACUUAACAAUGUUUUUUUGAGUCUGCAGGGUUGUCUCAUUGAAAUCUUGAAGUCUAGGGGCCACAAUAACUACAAAAUACCCCACAUGGGCAAAGGUGCAAUGAUUAGGAGUGACAGCCUACCACUGAACUUGAAAGUUCCUACGGAGUUAACGCUGCAAUGCAUCGAACAUUUGAAGGAAAUGGGAAGCAUGGAAGGCAUUGAAGAGAUUUUUGCACGAUUGGGAUUGGAUGCAAUUGAUCAAAGCCUGACGACCUAA